UUCUUUGCAAGCAAAGCGGGGAGAUUGCCAUAUGUCGCGAUGGCAGCCGCAAUACGUCACGCGAGCGGCUUGCGGCGCGGCGGAGCGGCAGCAGGGCUCAGUGGUGAAGCCGCACGCGAUUAGAGAUGACGUGUCGGCAACGCGAAAGUGGCGCGUGGCGCGGGCGACCGCGCGGCUCGUGACGCCGUGGCGGCAUGUGAUGUUCCGGAGACGCGCGCUCCGGCGGCGGCUGGCAGCGGCCGGCGCGCCCGCCUUGCCGGACGACCUGCUGCGGCGGCUGGCUCGCGCGCUGGACGCGGGCCCGGCCGGCCCGGCCUGCGUGCCCGGGCCGGCCGCGCUGCGCCCUCCCGUGCUCCGGGCCAUCCGCUUCCCCGACCUGCGGGAGCCAGCCGAGCUGCGCAGGAUGCCGCACUGCACCGACCAGCUCUGCUGCAAUCCCUACCACUUCAGCCGACUCUGCGAACCCGAAACCCCUCCUCCACCUUACAGUCGACUGGGCAUGGAGGAAGUCAAAAGUAAAGAAAAGGGAGAAAGUACACAAGACGCGAGGAGAACAGACCAUGAGCGGCUGGCAACUGGAUCCUUAGCUACUGAUGGAGAUGAACGUCAGAGUUGGGAGACAGAAUGGUGUCGGUUAGCAUAUUGGGAGCUGCAGCAGCGUGUUGGACGCCAGUUUAGUGUGCGCCUGCGCGCCGUUGACGUUUUCGGCGGCGGCGGCGGCACAUGCGGCUCCGGGAGGCAUGGCUUGUGUCUGGACGCGCUCGAUACACGGGAACCGCAAGUUGAACAGGUGCGGAAAACUCGAGCGAAAAUCGGUCUAGGCGUAACCCUCUCACUGGAGUCUGACGGGGUCUGGCUUUACAACCGAAGCCAGGAGCCAGUGUUUGUCAGCUCACCGGCUUUGGAUGCCGCCGCAGCCAAGGCUCUUUUGGUCUGGCGAGUGGCUCCCGGCCACUGCCUUUGUAUUUUCGACCCUGCAACUCCGCCUCCAGCAGUCUCCCUUCCCCACGUGGGACCAGUGGACCCUAGAUCUGUGAGGAUCUCUUUCGCAAAGGGCUGGGGUCCGAAAUACUCCCGGCGGGAUGUGACAGCUUGUCCCUGUUGGCUCGAAGUACUUUUAGCUCCCCCGAGCUGACGCAAAAGACUAUUCGCAGAGUGAAGUGAAGUGACUUAGUGUGUGAAAUGGAAACCAGACACUCGGUACUAUUUCGUUUUGCAUUUCCACCCUGUGGGGUACGGUUGUUUUGGUCUGGCGAUAUUUAUUUUUUUGUGAGGCAACACUGGUGAAUAUAACAUGGAAUGCUUUUUUGUAUUUUUAUGAAUUGAUAGCUCUAUCAAAUUGUAAUCAACAAUUUGAUCUGAGCUAGAUUGUUUGGCAAAUUCUUGUAUAAUUUUAUUUAAUCAAUUGAUAUUUAAUUUCAUGUAUAUUUUUCAGUGUUGCAAUCAAGCAAAAUUUCCGCCAGAUUUUGUUGUAAAAAUUGUACAAUUAUAGUUGUACUUGUAUAAACUCUGUUUUAAACGCGAGACUGUAUAUAGAAACUUUAUGUACAUUAUUUUAUAUAUAUUUGUAAUUAUUUAUAACAAUAUGCCUUAUAUUAGUGUAAUUAUUUAGUUUAGUACAGAUUUACUGUGAGAGUACAUUGCUUUAUAUUGUACAACGAGUUAAUGAACAUAAUAAUUUUUUAAUGAUAACAUUUAAAUAUUUAGCAAUUUAUUCUCCUGGUAACACUGUUCGUUUAAGCUUUGUACAAACAAUUAUAUUUUAAUGAAGUAAUGUUGUAUUGAGAAGUAGAUAAGGGCUGUGUGAAACGCAUUUUAAAUGAAAUAUCUCAUUUUGUGGGAACAUCCCUAGAUAACUAGUUUUUUUAAAGAUCUGUCAUAGUACAUGCGGAAAUAGAGCAAUUGAUUGGAUAGAUGUAAUUAUUGUAACCAUUAACAUUGUGCCUUGCGUUAUAUUCAAAUUAUAUGUAAAAGGAGACACUCCAAUGUGACCUAUACACCGCUAUUUUAUUUUAAAAGAUUUUUAAUCAAUUAAAACCAAUGCAACUAUUGUUUUGAUUAUAACAUUAUUGCAGUUUCUGUGUUGUGUCAGUUGAUUAAAAUUUAGUCAUGUUCAAUUAAAACUUUUAUAUGCGGUGAAGUGAGGGUUUGAUAUGGAGUUUGUUGAUCUUUGAAACAUUUAGGGUAUUACAGUCAAUUCCACUGGCCUAUAAUAGUAAGUAAACAUUAAUUAUAUAAUAUACAAAUUAUUUAAACUCGAAUUUAAAGAGUGCUUAGACAGGGCAAGCGAUUUGACAAUAAGAUAUUCUAGUCUCUAACAUGCUUGCUUUGUCUAAUUUGGUACUUAUGGCCAGUCUAUGGGUUAUUUAAAAAUUUAGCUAUGGUAAUGAUAUACACUGUUAUCUUUUGUAUUCGUAAUUUGAAAAUUGGCGCUUAACUUAUAUCUGACAGAUUUGUUGAAAGCUGAAAUUUGUAAUCUGUGCUUUAAACAUCAAAUAGCAUAGACAAUUUUCUAGGUACUUAAUAUUAUGUUUUUAUUUAUACCCGUGUAUACUUAAUAUUGUUUAUACUCAUUCACAGAUUAAUAUUACUGUUUAGUCAUUACCUUAGACUGAUGAAGCGCCUUAAUCAAACGUAUUUUCGAACAAUGUAUAAAAAUAUUUGCACAGAUAACUUGGACCAUAGAUUAAAUUAUAGUGACUGGCUAUAAUUAUGUGCAUAAUGUGAAAAUUUAUAUAUAAAGUUGUUAUUAAAUGCAAUGUACUUAUGUAAAGUAUGUAUACAUUGUUGAAAAUAUGUAAAGCUAUGUAUAUUGUGUAGAUAGCCACAGUUUUCCAUCGCCGAUUGUUACGCGUCUGACUGAGAUGGAUGAGAUUAGAAUAUGCUAAAUUAUGAAUAAAGAAGAGAAUAUUUUUA